UCUCUCUCUCUCUCUCUCUCAUUCUUGAUCCAUUAGUAUAACCCCAUAAGAUGUAUGGAACUCAAAGCAAGAUAGACUUGGCAUUUGAAUACCAAGCUCAGAUACCCAUUUUGAGACCAAGCAUUCAUGCCAGAAGGGCAAACAUAACAGUAAAGUUUCAGGAUCUUUAUGGGUUCACAGUAGAGGGCAAUGUUGAUGAUGUUAAUGUACUGAAUGAGGUGAGAGAGAAGGUGAGGCAACAGGGUAGGGUAUGGUGGGCAUUGGAAGCUAGCAAAGGUGCAAAUUGGUAUUUGCAGACUCACCUGUCAUCAACUCUUACAUCAUCCCUCAAAUUUUCAGCCCUAGUGAAUGCAAUUACUCUCAAGAGGCUAAUUAGGAAAGGAAUUCCUCCAGUUUUAAGGCCUAAGGUGUGGUUUUCUUUGUCUGGGGCUGCCAAGAAGAAAUCAACUGUGCCGGAGAGCUAUUACAAUGAUUUGAUCAAGGCUGUUCAGGAUAAGGUCACAGCUGCGACGAAGCAGAUUGAUCAUGAUCUGCCUCGAACCUUCCCUGGUCACCCAUGGUUAGACACUCCAGAAGGUCAUGCUGCCCUUCGGCGUGUUCUUGUAGGCUAUUCUUUCCGUGAUUGUGAUGUUGGUUAUUGUCAGGGUUUGAAUUAUGUAGCAGCAUUAUUGUUGCUUGUGAUGAAAACAGAAGAAGAUGCUUUUUGGAUGCUAGCUGUGCUCUUGGAAAAUGUCUUGGUCAAUGAUUGUUACACAAAUAACUUAUCAGGAUGCCAUGUUGAACAAAGGGUGUUUAAAGAUCUGCUGACCAAAAAAUGCCCAAGGGUAAACGCUCAUUUAGAAGAUUUGGAGUUUGAUGUUUCUCUUGUUUGCACAGAGUGGUUUCUAUGCCUCUUUUCCAAGAGCUUGCCUUCGGAGACGACCAUGCGGGUGUGGGAUGUUCUCUUCUAUGAAGGGGCAAAGGUUCUAUUUCAUGUAGCUUUGGCCAUUUUCAAGAUGAAUGAAGAAGAGUUGCUUAAGGCACAUCAGGUUGGGGAUGUAAUUAAUAUAAUACACAGAACCACUCAUCACCUCUUUGAUCCGGAUGAAUUAUUGCCGGUUGCUUUUGAUAAGGUUGGCUCUAUGACAACAACCAAUAUAUCAAAGCAAAGGAAAAAGCAGGAACCGGCAGUCAUGGCAGAGCUUGAUCAGAGAUUUAGACGGUUAAAUUCCGUGAAUGGGGAUGACAAAUAGGUGGCCUCUCUGGUAAUAUAUAUUUAUAUAUAUAAGUCAAAUGUCCUUGUAGGGGCCUGCUGCCCCUUGGACCUCAAUGUUGUGCUUUUUAUAUUUCUGAGAAGGAAAACCAAGUGGAACGCAGAAAUAGUUCUCCAGGAUGUAGAUGUUGAAUGUAAUUCACAGAAUAAUUUGGGUUAUUUUUGUAUGCAAAUG